AUGGUGUUUUUAAGACGUUGCAAAAUUCGUCAAAUUUUCUUUACUAAGAAUUAUUCUCAUAUUCCUUCUCAUUCCCUUGAUGGCCCUUAUGAUCCUACUCUGAUAGAACAAGAUUGGUAUAAAUGGUGGCAAGAAAAUGGGUUUUUUUCACCAAAACACCCAUUUAAUGAGUGUUCGUCAUGUAAUCGUGUUGUAACUAUUCUUCCUCCCCCAAAUAUUACUGGUAUUUUACAUCUUGGUCAUGCUUUAACUAUUAGUAUUCAAGAUGCGCUAAUUCGGUGGGAAAGAAUGAGAGGAAAGUCAGUUAUAUGGAUUCCCGGGACAGAUCAUGCAGGAAUCGCUACCCAAAGUAUUAUGGAACAAUUUCUUAUGAAAACACAAAAAUUAAAGAGAAAAGAUAUGACAAGAAGUAUGUUUGAGGAUAUAAUUUGGAAAUGGAAAGGUCUUAAUGUAGCUUAUAUUUAUAAUCAAAUUGCUUUUAUGGGCGCUUCUCUUGAUUGGUCUAAAGAAUUCUUUACUUUGGAUUCAUCUUUAUCUAAAGUUGUUACAAAUUGCUUUAUUCAAUUAUUUAAUGAGGGUUUAAUUUACAGAGAUAUGAAAAUGGUUAAUUGGUCAUGUUCAUUGGAAACGGUUAUUUCAGACAUUGAGGUUGAUCAUAAAGUGAUCAACAAGCCCACUGAAAUAAUGAUUAGAGGGGAGCCUAUUGAAUUUGGAGUGUUACAUAAAAUUGCAUAUCCAUUAGUCGAUCCAUGUAAUAUUACUGAAGUUGUUGUUUCGACUUCAAGGGUAGAAACAAUUCCUGGUGAUAGAGCUAUUUCAGUUAAUCCGAAUGAUAUAAGAUUUUUGAAUUUACAUGGGAAAUAUUGCUAUCAUCCCCUUGAUCCUCAUAUAAAGAUUCCUAUUAUACCUGAUGAAAUGGUUGAUCCUAAUUUUGGAACAGGGGCUGUUAAAAUAACACCUGCGCAUGAUCCUAAUGACUAUAUGUUUUCUGUUCGCCACAAAAUACCAGUUGUAAAUGUUUUUGACUUUGAUGGAAGAAUGAAUGCAUCAUGUUUACUUCCAGAAUUACAGCAUAUUGAUCGUCUUAAGUGUAGAAAAUAUAUAUUGUCAAAAUUGAAAGAUAAGGGAUUAUAUCGUGGAUCUCAAAAUUAUCAGACUUCUAUAUCUUUCUGUUCUCGUUCUGGAGAUAUUAUCGAAUAUUUUUUGAAAUCACAAUGGUAUCUUAAAACUAGAUCUUUAGCUUCAAAGGUGUAUGAUAAUAUGGCUGGAAAGUUUUCUGUUCUUCCACAGCAUUAUAGUAAUAAAUGGAUAAAAUGGCUGGAAAAUAUUGAAGAUUGGUGCAUAUCAAGACAAUUAUGGUGGGGCCAUCGAAUACCUGCAUGGUAUGUAGACUGUGAAAAUGGAUAUUGGAUUGCAGCAGAAUCUGAACAGGCUGCGUUGAAAAUUUCAGGUGGAAAAGAUGUUAAACAAGAUCUUGAUGUUUUAGAUACAUGGUUUUCAUCUGCAUUGCUUCCUUUGUCUGUAUUUCGCUGGGACAAUAAAAAUAUUCCGAUUGAAUAUCCAUUAACUUUUAUUGAAAGUGGCUCUGAUCUUCUUUUUUUUUGGAUUUUGAGAAUGGCAUUACUUUGUACUCAUUUUACGGGUAAAUUUCCUUUUAAUGAAAUUAUUCUUCAUCCAUUAAUUAGGGAUUCUCAAGGAAGAAAGAUGUCUAAAUCGUUGGGAAAUAUCAUAGAUCCUUUACAAAUUAUAAAGGGUGUUUCUUUGGAAAUUUCAGAAGAUAAUGCUUUUAAUGGAAAUGAUUUAGAACAGGACAUGAAACAUCACUUAAAAACAGCCAAGCAGCAAUUCUCUAAUGGUGUAAAAGCAAUGGGAACGGAUUCUCUCCGAUUUUCAUUGAUAGACUACACAAAACAAACUCAUCAAAUUAACAUGGAUAUUGCUAAUGUAUCUUCUGCAAAAUAUAUUUUUUCAAAGCUUUGGAAUGCUACUAAGUUUUUUUUAUGUCAAAUAAAAUACUAUAAUUUAAAAAUUAUAGAUGAAAAUUUUAAAUCAGAGCAUAUUUUUGAUAAAUAUAUAAUAUCUAGGCUUAAAGAAACUAUUAAUCUGUGUAAUAUGGGAUUUGAGCUGAGAAGGUUAUUUGACGUCACAAAAUGCUUGAGGAGAUUUAUUGUCUAUGAUUUAUGUAGUGUUUAUUUAGAAUUUAUUAAACAAGAAUUAAAACAGAAUGAUAAUAAGCGAGCAGAAUGCGCCUUAAGUAUUCUUUACUCCACAUUAUAUACUGUAGUGAAGUUGUUACAUCCUAUAGCACCCUUUAUUACUGAGGAGUUGUAUCAAAAAUUAUUGGUAUUUGAUCCAUAUUCGAAAAUAAGUAUAAUGAUAUCAAAUUAUCCUCAUAAAAAUGGAUCUUUUUAUUUGGAUUAUGAUUCUAUAAAAAGAAUAGAAAAUAUUAUGAUGUUAGUACAUGAAUUUAGAUCUAUGAUAUCAAAUGUUGGUCGUUUAAACUAUGAACAUGAAGGUAUUAUUGAAAUUAAUGAUAGAAAUAAGAUAUUUAAGGAAGAUGUUGUAAAAUUUAAAAAUAUUAUUCGAAAUAUGAUUGGCAUGAAAAGUUUGAGUUUAAAUGAUUUGAAUAGUGGCUUAUUAAAUGUACAUUCUAAAUUUGUUAAUUCUGAAUUGGUUCUUCAUUUGCGUGUUGAGAAACUAUGUUUGAAUAGUUUUAAACAAAUGAACAGGAUUAAAUGGCUUCAAAAACAAGAAGAAAUUAUUUCCAGAAGACUAAAAUCUGAAAAAUAUGUUCAAAAUGCUUCUAAGUGUGUUCAGGUAAAAGAUAUAGAAAGAUUAAUGGAUAUUCAAAAUGAAUUAAAACUUGUUCGCAAUCUUCAAAAAAAUGCAAUUUGA